UCAGGCUGUCAUACGGGACUAAAGCGAGGUACACAGAGGCAGACAGAAACCAUCAACGAUGUCUACAGCUCGUGACGAGCAGGAGCCCCCGCCACCUUCGUGCUUUUAUGAAGACACCGAUUCAAGUUCGGACACCAUGUUCAGCUGGUCCAAAAAUGAGGGGAAAAAGAAAGACCCCGAGCUUUUCCAGACUGUGUCGGACGGGCUUAAGCGGCUUUACCGGACCAAAUUGUUCCCGUUAGAAGACACCUAUCGCUUCCAUGAUUUCCACUCGCCGGCGCUGGAAGACGCCGACUUCGACAACAAGCCCAUGGUACUCUUGGUCGGCCAGUACUCCACCGGGAAGACCACGUUCAUCCGCCACCUUAUGGAGCAAGACUUCCCCGGCAUGCGGAUAGGCCCGGAGCCCACCACCGACUCCUUCAUAGCCGUCAUGCACGGAGACCAGGACGGGGUGAUCCCCGGCAAUGCGCUGGUGGUGGACCCUAAGAAGCCCUUCCGCAAACUCAACGCUUUUGGCAACGCCUUCCUUAACAGGUUCAUGUGCGCUCAGCUGCCAAACCCUGUGCUGGAGAGCAUCAGCAUCAUCGACACGCCAGGCAUCCUGUCUGGAGAAAAGCAGAGGAUCAGCCGAGGCUAUGACUUUGCUGCGGUUCUGGAGUGGUUUGCAGAGCGGGUUGACCGCAUCAUAUUGCUCUUCGAUGCACACAAGCUGGACAUCUCGGAUGAGUUCUCUGAGGUGAUCCGGGCCCUGAAGAACCACGAGGACAAGAUGCGCGUGGUGCUCAACAAAGCGGACCAGAUCGGGACCCAGCAGCUGAUGAGGGUUUACGGCGCCCUCAUGUGGUCUCUGGGGAAGAUUAUCAACACUCCGGAGGUAGUGCGUGUGUACAUCGGCUCAUUCUGGGCCCAGCCUCUGCUGGUUCCAGACAAUCGCAAGCUCUUUGAAGCAGAGGAGCAGGACCUCUUCCGUGACAUCCAGAGCCUUCCACGGAAUGCUGCUCUGCGCAAGCUUAAUGACCUCAUCAAGCGCGCACGUCUUGCCAAGGUUCAUGCUUAUAUCAUCUGCUCAUUGAAGAAGGAGAUGCCCAGUGUGUUUGGAAAGGACAACAAAAAGAAGGAGCUGAUCAGUAAUCUGGGAGAGAUCUAUGUCAAAAUUGAGAAGGAGCAUCAAAUCUCUCCCGGGGACUUCCCAAAACUGAGCAAGAUGCAGGUGAGUGGUCAAAAAAAUAUUUCCUACGGUGUCUGCAUGUGUCUGAGGCUCACAGGUAAGCCCAGAGCCUGUACCCAGAGCCUGUACCCAGAGCCUGUACCCAGAGCCUGUACCCAGAGCCUGUACCCAGAGCCUGUACCCAGAGCCUGUUAA